UCCGGCGGUGUUGCCUCCCCGUCGCUGCAGUGCUUUGCUGCUCUCCUCUCUCUCUCUCUCUCUUUCUUUCUUUCUCGCUUUCGUACCCAGCGCCUCGCCUCUUCCUCCACCGUCUCUUUCACAUCCUUCUCCUCCUCCUUCCCUUGCGGAUGCCUCAGCCUUGCACCCCCGGCCCAGGAUCCCAGCAAAUGGUCGCUCCAUCCCCGGCAACUCUGGACGCAGGACGCAGCGAAAAGGCGCACCGCUCCGUUGUGAUCUGAUCAGACUUCACACUGCGGAUUGACUUGAAAGAGAGGCGGACCGAGGGGCAGAAGGGAAACGAGGGGAAGCCGGACGCUGACAGUGGCCAGGAUCUCAUUUCGCAAUGCCGGUGCCAGAUCAGCCUGCAGAGCAGGAGAAGGGGGCCAUGGUUGCCCCUGUGAUGCCAGCCUCCAAUGGAGACAGAUCUGAGACGGAGACGACCUCCUCCAUCCUCGCCUCUGUCAAAGAACAGGAGCUUCAGUUUGAACGCCUGACCAGGGAACUUGAGGCAGAGCGUCAGAUUGUCGCCACCCAGCUGGAGAGAUGCAAACUGGGAUCAGAGGCAGGCAGCAUGAGCAGCAUCAGGUAA